GAAACUUUCUUGACUCGUCGAGUCCGGGGAAUACCGCUUGGAUCGGUCGAAAAGAAAAAAAAGAAAAAGGCUACGGAGGGAAGAAAAAGGUACGCAUUUCUUUGGGUCGUUUUCGUGGAAGCAUUCCUGGCGGACGGCGUCACCUGCGCGGCUCUCCGCGCGAUUUGAGGCCCGCCGACACCUGGUGCCCCGACUUUGGUGAACACAACUCUUUGGUGGGGUAUCGGGAGCCUCGUUGGGACGCGCGAAACCGGAGACUUCAGUUGUCACCGCGACACCGGCCGAGCAACAUUGCGGUUUGUUUAUCGCUCGAAGCGACGAUCACCGGUCCCCGCGCACCUAUUCGAUAACGCCGGCUUCGGUCAACCAUUUCGGAAUAACACACACUGGAACAAUACACCGUUUGGAAGACAUCCGGUAACCGGAUAGCUCUGUAGAGGACAGAGAGGACGGGCUCACUCGAUAAUAACAAUUCUGCUGAAUUCGUCGAGGAAGACGAAUUCAUCGGGACGCGUGAAACGGGAGACGUCAGUUGUCAUCGUGGACAUCGGACGCGACGGAUCGGUGUAUUUCAGAAUUUUUAUCGAGGAUAAAAAUAGCGAUGGAUGGACUUUGGAGUUGUGGAUACUCGGGGACCCCGAGAAUCUGGAAGGGCAGGAGUUUGGGAGAGUAGGAGACUAGGUGUCUGAAAGUCAGGAGGCGUGAGAACCUGGAGGUUUGAAAAUUUAAGUAUCCAAAAGUGUGGAAAUCCAGAAGAUUGUAGUAAUUCAGAAUUCUUAGGAGUUCAGAAGCUUAGGAGUCUGGAAACUUAGGGGUCCAGAAGCUCAGGAUACCAGGAGUCUAAAAAUCAAAAAAUUUGGAAGACUAAAAAUGCAGGAGUCUGGGAACCUAGAAAUCUAAAAGUCUAGGAACCUGAGAAUCUAAAAAUCUACAAAUCUAGGAGUGCAAGAACCUAGAAAUCUAAAAGUCUAGGAGUCUAAGAACCUAAAAAUCUAAAAAUCUGAAAACCUAGAAAUGCAGGAGUCUAAGAGCCUAGGAAUCUAAAAGUCUAGGAGUAAGGACCUAGAAAUCUAAAAGUCUAGGUGCCCAGGAACCUGGAAAUCUAAAAAUUGGAAAACCUAGAAACGCAGGACUCUAAGAAUCUAAGAAUCUAAAAGUCCAGGAGAGCCUAAGAACCUAAAUAUCUAAAACUCCAGAGAUCUAGAACCCUGGGAGCCCAGAAGCCCAAAAGCCAAAGAGCCCAGAGUCUUAAAACACUCAAAACUGACGAAUGCAAACACGUCGCAUGUCAUCGCGACACCAGCCAAGCGACACCCCGCAGUUCGUCUAUUUAAGACCGAGGGAUACGCCAGGAAUGUAUCGCCAGCCCUUGGAUACCGAUCAACGGCGUGAAACGGUGGUCUCCGUGCUUUCCGUCGAUUUUCGUCGCAUCCGGUGCAACGUGUGCCCCGUUAACUCCACGUGGUGCGUGAUUUCCGAACUGUGAACGAUUCGCCUAACGGACAGAUUUAUUUUUGGAUUUACGUUUGAACGACUGGAAGGAUCUCUUCCAGAAACCGUGCGACUGGUUUCCAGACCGAGGUUAUCGCGAACCAGUCGAAGACUGUCGGUGAUCGAGGAACUCUACGCUCUCGCCUAUGCUUCUGCAAUUACAUAACCGCGUGCUUAUUCGAAUUCGUAGAACAUCUGCAUCGUAUUUUCAUUUGAAUCGUCCACCGUUCGCCCGUGACCCGAAUCAUUAAUCUUCGAGGGAAUCGAUCGGAAUGGAACUCGCUUCGGUGGAAAUUGACGGAAGACGCUUUUAGGGGCUGGACGCGGAAUCGACGUCGUGACUCAUGCCCAGGCGAGAAUAGCGCAGGUGUGCAUCCGGGAAGUCGAAGAUUUGCGGUUUAAAAACGGAGAGCGGCGUGCGAGGCGCAGUUUCUCCGGUCGUCGAACGAAAUCGAGAUAUGAGCUGACGAGGAAAUUCAGGCGUCGUAACUUCACAGCCGCCGGAAGUGGAAAAAGGAAGAAUCGCCAGGAUGCCGGGCGAGGUGCGCGCGCAGCCCUUAGGCUCGACGACAUACGACGGUAGCACGAUGCAACCGGACGAGGAGAUUCAGUACGCGCCAAGGAGCCGUCCUGUCAGCUUUUACGACAAUUUUAAGGACGCGUCCAUGGUGACACCUUGCGUGACUUCCGCCUUCAGCGCCGACAAUUUGAGUCAGGUUCGCGACAACGGCAUCAGCACGUCGAUGGCCGCGGCCAACAACAACAACAACAACAACAAUAGAGUGAGCAACGCAGUCAGCGCUGGAAACGUGUCGAAGAUCCACAACACCAAAGUCACGGGUGCCGUGUCGACGGGGAACAUCGGCAGAAUCUACAGACCAGAGAAGGACAAGGAACUCGGUCGUGCCCCAUCGAUGGCCAAUUGUCUGUCCACCACGGUUCCCGUUAAUCUGGCAGCCUCGCAAAUCGCUGGCAGGCAUACACCCACCAGGAAUUCCCUCAGGCACAGCAGGAUGAUUGUACUUCAUCGCAGCGGCCAUCGACCACAAAAAUUCCUCCCACCGUUGGUUUACCAUGGUCGACUCGGACGAUGCCUAGCUGCUCUGCAAACGAUUCUCGGUGUCGCUGUGACGUCGCUGUCGUUAUGGCUGCUGCUUUGGGCACCUCACUUGCCUGUCGCAGAUAAUCCCUACUGGAGCGGUAUGCCGUUGUUGCUGUCGGGAUGCUUCGGGAUUUGCUUGCUGUGCUGCUUCAAGAAGGAGUACCCUGGGAUGAGUCCUGGAUUCUGUCUCUCGUCGACGAAGUUACUCAGCUUGUUCCUGGCGACCCUGGCGACGGUGACCUGCUCCAUCGCCUGUGUGUUCUCAGCGAUGCACCUGUUGCGUCUAAUGCAACUGGAAUGCAACGCUGCCCGCUUAGAGAGCGAGACCUGCGUGUGCAGACCGCCUACGGUCCCGUCGAAUUCCACCGAAUCGGCGGUAAGGUACGUAGACCUGAACUGUCCGGAGGUCGAGAGCAUCUUGACCAUGCUUCUCAUCUUCUCCUGCACCUGCAACGCCGUGGGAGCUUUCCUAGCCGGCUGGUACACGUACCUCCACUGGAGCACCAGGAACAAGAGGCCCAAGUACAUGCAAGUCAGAACCGGUCCCAACGCAGGGAACAACUUCCUCAGCGGCCGACCUAUAUACAAUCCAAAUCUGAACGAACGAUGACAAUUUUCCCAAGAAACGAACGAGGACACCUCGUAUCUUAGGUACUCUUCCCUAACGAUGGACGAUGGAGUGCUUUAACUCGAGCAACGAACGACCAUGGCAUCUCAACGACGACUGUUGCAGUGCUCCUUAGACGAUAGAUUACGAAAACGACAAUAAGGAAUUACGAAUGCGACAAGUCUCUAGUUGCGACGAUGAACGACACGAUGUAACUUCUUGGACUGUUCAAUGGAAAUAAAGUGGCGGGGGAGUGCGUAGACAAGGCCUCCAUUUGAGCGUAAAUCUCCAUCGAGGUUGUAACAUGCUUCAGGAUUCCCAUGGUGACCUAAAGAUUCAUCCAACUUUCCCGGACUACUUGCAGAAAAUAAACUAACGAAGCAACUAACGAACUAGCGAACUAGUCCUCGAUCUGAGAGUGAAAUUACGAAUGACCCCCUUUAGCGAAAGGAUCAUUCGCGAACUUUGGAUUAGAACGAUCCAAUCCAUUAGAAAAUAUUUGAUUACGAAGAACGAUUGCGAAGUUGUGGAUCAAAGCGAGACCAAAAAACGUCUGUUAACCCCAAAUAGUGUUCGAUUAACAUAAGUACUUUAAUUUUUACAUAAGUACUUUAAUAUUUAUUGUAUCGUAAACGAUGUCUACCGUAUUGUUAAUUAGAACUACUCUGCAUUUAACGACACGCGAAUGCACUUUGAUUUAUGGUAGUUGCGCAAGCUCGUUGCCAACGCGGAGAAAGGAUUGGAGAAUUAAGUGCGGACGCGGUUACAUAUCACUAAAUUGUAUAGAGUAAGAAGGAGGCGUAUCUCCUCUUUUUAUCGUCGAGAAUUAUUUAUAUUAAAUAAAUUCGUAGGAAGUGUAACGUAUAGAAUUCAGGGAAAUUUGAAAUUCAGGAAAAUUCUUCGUGCGUGUAGUGUAUGUACAAGGAAACGUUCAUGGCUUCGAGUGUUGAUAAUAAUUUAACAGAUAACGGGUCAACCCACGUGUGGUCGAUUUCCACGUGGAUCGUCAGUAUUUUAGGUGUAAUUUGUAAGCGAACGUCUCGUGAAUGUGUGGUUGUACGUGCUCGUAUACAGUGAGUCACAGAAGUAUAACCGCCGUUGACCUCCCAUUGUUGAUAUCUUUCUCUUGAAGGAAUCUCGCCCAUAAAAUAUUAAUAUUAUAUAUUAAUUAAGCUAUCGAGCUUAACAAUUUCUCCAACGCCUCUGGAACUCACUGUAUCCUUGCAGAGAUGAACUUUAACGACGAGUGAAAGCUUUUUAACUUAAACACGUCUUCGAUUUUAUACCUCAUCGCGAGUACCGCGUAAGAAGCUAGUUUUUAAGAUUUUUAAAUCAAUAAAGUGUACCGUAGCGAUACGAGAAACAUUUUACCAGAAGCGAUGUAAGGAAGGAAAUAAAAAAAAAAAAAAAAAAAGUUUCAGUAUUAGAAAUGAAA